CGCUGGAUCAACUGACAGAUCGAACCACACCCCACUACAUCUUCCAGAUCUCCAAAAUCAAAGUGGACCCCCCUAAAACCCCCUGUAUGCAAAUUAUUAGAUAACCCGGUUUAUUUUCGUGUAUGCGCAACCUGUGGCAUCUCAUUGCUAAUCGGCCCUCACACUCUCACACAUUAACUUUAACAGCCACAGACUCAGUAAUGCCGAUACACUUAAAACCCCUGAUCUGCUUUUUUUUCACCUCCAACGAUGACUUCUGGAUCGUACGAACUUCCUAGAAAAGUCAAAGAUGUUAUAGUCAUUGGAGGUGGUGCUGCUGGAGUAGGUGCAACUCUAGGCCUUCUUAGAGAUGAAGAUAAGUACUCCAGUAUUCGAGUAUUUGAAAGAAGGCCACAGGGUGGGGGGUUGUGGACCCACACGCCGGCUUCCGGGUCGAUUGAUGUCCCUUCUUUGGACCCACAUACUUCAGUCCAGCCUGACUCCAAUCUUCAUUGGCCUAGUGCCGUUUACGACAAUUUGGUGACAAACGUGCCAUACGAAAUGAUGUCGUAUUUGGACUUCAAAUGGCCCCUUAAUACCCCUUUGUACCCUGAAAGGCAGAAGGUGGCCCAAUACUUACAGGGUGUUGCUCAAACCAUUGAUAAGUACAUUGAGUAUGGUGUUAGUGUGGACGAUGUGGUACAAUUGCCUGAUUUAAGAUGGAAGGUAACCGUAAGACCAACCAACAGUACAACCACCCAAGAAUAUAUUGUGGACGCAGUGAUAAGUGCUUGUGGCCACUAUGAUAUACCCAGAAUUCCUGACGUUGAAGGCCUUAAGGAAUGGAACACUAAGUUUCCCCUGUCAGUCUCACACUCAAAGUUGUAUCGAAACUCGGCAGCAUUUGCAGCCGAUUCCAAAAUCAUCGUUGUGGGAAAUCUGGCUAGUGCUAUCGACAUAGCAAAUCAGUUAGCUGAGGAGUUACCUGAUUCUAUUCAGGUUUAUAAGUCGGUGAGGACUUUCCAUGAUAAGGGUGUUCGGAAUCCACAAGUUAUCGAAGUUCCCCAGAUUUCAAAAUUUCUUGCAGACACUAAAGCUGUCGAAUUGGUCAACGGUCAGACCAUAGUUGGAGUCGACAAGAUCAUCUUUGCAACCGGAUACUUGAAAUCAGUCCCUUAUUUGAAGACUAUCAACAACUUAGAUAAGCCUAUUAUCACCGAUGGAAAUCGGCUUAAUGGCAUAUACAACCACAUUGUACCGUAUAACUACCCUGGAUUAGCAUUUGUAGGAAUCGUAUUGUACGGUGGUCCUAUGAUAUUGACUGAGUUACAAGGGGCAUGGUUAUCUCGAUUGUUUCAACGGGAUCUUCAGUUGCCUAGUUAUGAUGAAAUGGUUGCAUGGGAAAACAAUUGGGCACAAAAGUCAGGACCUAAUUCUGCAAAGUUCCAUGAAUUGAGAAAUCCUGACGAUGUGCUUUACUAUAACUCACUUGUCCGAGACAUCAAAAACUCACGCAGGCCGGAUGGAAGAUAUCCUGACUACAUGAGUCAAGAGCAUAUUAACAUUAGAGCCUCAUUUGACCUUCUUAAGAAGACUUAUGUUGCAUUUCUGAAAAUCAACGGGGCAUCAACUGGAGGCAUUCUGACGUUCCGAAAGGAUGCAAACAUCUCUUUGGUCGAAAGUCCAUUAGCCCUUGGUGCGGCCGAAUAAUCCUAUUUAUUUAUAUUUAUUAAUAAAGAUAUGCACAAA